AAGUUUGAGUUUGUUUGUGUAAGAAAUGGCGUCGUGAUCCGUGAGCCCUAGAGGAGUCAAAGAUAAAAUCGGUAAUAUUUCUCGAUCUUCGGUUGAAUUUUGUACCUUCACGAACUGCUCCAUGAAUCGUUCAACUUUUUGUUCCUAAGUUUUCCUCCGCCUUUUCGUAGCUUAGCGUCGUACUGAUUGUUGUCUAGACCUUGUCGGCGGAGUCGGUAUCUAGCGGUGCAGAUUCCUCAGUUUUCGGCGACCUUUUGAAUACAACGAAGAAAGGACACCUUUCUCAAACAUGGCGUCGUUAGUCAAAAUGCAGAUUCUUGGUUUGCGGAGCUUUGGGCCUGAUGAGAAGGAUGCGCAAAUGGUUGCCUUCAACUCACCUUUAACUUUAAUCUUAGGUCAAAAUGGUUGUGGCAAAACAACGAUCAUUGAAGCUCUCAAAUACGCUACCUGUGGAGAACUACCCUCCAACACGCAACAGGGCAGUGGAUUUGUCCAUGAUCCCAAGAUCAACAAUCGAGUUGAGGUGCGGGGACAAGUGAAACUUGUCUGUACGACUACAAAAGGAGAACAAGUUUGUAUAGCACGGUCAGUCCAGGUGCAGCAAAAAGUGAAGAAGCUCACCUUCAAGUCUUUGGAUACAACCAUAACUCGAAUCAACCCGGAAACAAAAGAAAAAGAGAGUCUAAGUGGGCGGUGUGCAGAUGUAGAUACCGAAAUGUGUUAUCGUCUAGGAGUAACAAAGCCAAUACUCAAUUAUGUCAUAUUUUGUCAUCAAGAAGAAUCCUGUUGGCCCCUUGAAGAAAACAAGAAAUUGAAGGAAAAAUUUGAUGCAAUUUUUGAUUCAACAAAAUACAAUAGAUGUCUUGAAGACACAAGACUGAAGAGAAAAAAUAUGAUACAUGAUGUGAAUAUAAAAAAAAGUAAUCUGGUCUACCUGAAGCAGUUCCAGAAUGAUGCCAUUGAUAAGCAGAAAGCUCUAGAUGAAACCAAAGCCAAGUUGGUUCAAACCCAAACUGAGAUCGUGGAAUUGCAGGAGAAAGAGAAGCCAAUUCAAGAAAAACUCAUCGAGCUGAAAGAACAGGAAAGAAAUGCUACAUCUUUGAACACUAAGAUUGAAGGCAUCAAAGGCAGGUUGAAAGAACUGCUGAAGAGCAAGGACCAUCUCAACAAACUAAUAAUUAAUCGCUUUGAAGGCACGGAUGAGGAACUUCAAGCUGCCAUUGAUUCUUUUGACGAAGAUCACAGAGUAAAGAAAGAUGAACUAAAACAACUUGAGCCUGAAAAGUCAGAGCUGUUGAAAGAGCAAAAAAAACUAGACAAAGACAUCAGCAAAAAGACAAACCAAGUAGGCCAGUUGAGUAAUGCUGAAGAUCACCACAAGAGUACAAUUGCAAAAUGUAACCAUGAAAUCAACAAUUUGGGGAAAAAACUGGAAAUAGAGGCAUAUAAUACGACUCAGAUGACAGCAACAAGCACCGAUUCAAAAGAAAAACUGGAUGAACUAAAUGCCAAAAUUGAGGAAAGACAGAAUAGAUUGGAGGAACUCCAUAAAUCCCAUGAAAAUGCGGAGAGUUUGGCCCAAAAAAAAAUUGAUGAGUGUCGUGAGAAGAGGAGUGCAUGUGACGCAGAAAUAAAGUCCAAAGAGACUCAGCUGAAAAAAGUCAAUGCAGACUUUGAUAAAGUCACAGCGGAUAUACUUGCUGCGGAUGAGUCUGCGAAUACAUUAGUAGCUCUAGAAAACAAAUUAACGCGUCUGAAUAGUGAAUUGGAGGAAUUUGAGCAGAGUGUCAAUUUACCGGAUCUCGAAAAACUGAUCAAUGACCAAAAAGAUGAGAAAUAUCAGUUGGGGGAUGAAAUCAAAGCAUUGAAAAAAGAGAGAGAAAACCUAUUGAUGAUUCGGGAUCAGCAAACUGAAUUAGACAAAUUGAACAUAAAAAGAGAGGAGCAGGAAAGUAAAAUUCAGAGACUGAAGAACAAGCAUCAAGAAACAAUCGAGCACUUGUUGGGUGAAAUACCAGAAGAGCGCUUAAAGUCCAAGUUCCAAAGUAGAUUAGAUGAAAUAAAAAAAGAUACUCAAAAAAAAGAUAAGAUGGUGAAAGAGCUUAAUGAUAAAAUGAUUGGCUUGAAAGCAAACAGGAAAAAUAAGGCAGAAAAACUCGUAGAGAUGGAAACAGAGCUCAGAACAAAGGAGACAGAAAUUUACGAUCUGUGUGAGAACCGCGAUUUCGACAUAGUCUUGAAUGAGAUUGCUGAUGAAAUUAAGACAAAACAGGAUUUGAAAGGAACAUGGUAUGGCACAGAAUUUCUGUAUAACAAAUAUAUAGGUAAACUGCAACAGCCUAACGCUUGUUGCCCUCUUUGUCACCGAGACUUUGACGCACAGUCUGAAGCAAUAGAACUUAAAGAAGAGAUUGAAGGUAUUGUACGGAAGAUUCCACAACAAAGCGAGGAUAUUGAAAAUCAGCUGAAGGUGCUCCUUGUGAAGCAUGAAAAACUUCUACUUCUGAAGCCGACGAUUGAGAAAGUUCGUUCCUUAAAAGAUAUUGAAAUUCCCUGUGUCAGGUCUGAACUGGAGGAUCUUGAUAAAGAAAUGGGAAAGCUGCAACGUGAGUCAAGUGAUUUGGAAGGUGAAUUAGAGCAACCUCGAAAAGAUGCAGAAAUGGCCAGCAGUGCACAGUCUGAUAUUAUUAACCUAGAUACUUACAUGACGGAACUUGUGACAAUGGUGAGACAAAUCUCUGACCUCAGUGCCAAACUUGGUACAAAAGGCAAAGAUAACUCGUAUGAGCAAGUUUCAGAGGAGUUGCAGAAAAAAGAAGAAGCUCAUGAAAAACUUAGCAGCAACUUUGAUAGCAAUCAAACCAAACUCAGGGAGGAAAGUAAAAGGCUCAAUGACAUGAAAGAGAAGAAAAAUAAACUCGUCCAAGAACAACUGGAUUUAAGAGACAAAUCUCAAAGGCGAGCGGAACUCGGAGAUAAACAGACUGAAUUACAAACUCAGAAAGAUACUCUUCGCAAGGAAAUCGAUGAAAAGAAAGAUGAACUUCAACCGCUUGAUGCACAACUAAAGUCCCUUAUGAAAGAAAAGAGCGAGUUGUCUAAGGAGAACAGGAAAUUGUAUAAUGAAGAGCGCAACAUUGUCACUGCAUUUGAACAGCAAUAUCAUUCAAUUGUGAAAUUGCAGAACGAAAUUGAAAAUUAUGAAAGAAAAGGAGGAAGUGCAACUUUAGAUAAUGCUAGAGAAGAAUUGAAAGUGAUGGUGAACAAGAUGGAAGAACUGAAGGCAAAAGAAGAGGUAUUCAAUGGUAAAAUCAAUGGUAUAAGAGAGUUUCUUUCAAACUUGCAGAGCAGUCGAAUGGAUUUGACUAACAACCAAAUGCUUCGACAGAAAGACGAAGAAGAAAAUAAAUAUAAUAAACAGAUAACAGAACUCACAGAACAACAUGGAGACGAUUUGAAUUUGAGACAGUUGAGACAAGAAACACAAAAGUGCUCUCAAGAAGCAGGGAAAAUUUCACAUAAAAUCGGACAAGCUCAGGGUGCCGAAAAAGAGUUGCAAAAUAGCAUCAAAGCUGCGGAAAAAGAGCUUCAAGCUGAUAAAUACAAGAAUGCUGCUGAAAAUUACCGCAACCUGCUAAUUGAAGUAAAGGCUAAGGAGUUGGCCGCGGCUGAUUUAGGAAACUACAUUCUUGCCUUGGACUGGGCUAUGAUCCAUUUCCACAAGGAGCGGAUGAAGACAAUCAAUACAAUAAUUCGUAAUCUGUGGCGUCAAAUCUACUCCGGGAAUGAUAUUGAUACAAUUGAAAUCAAAACCGAAGAGUCCGACUCGAACUCAGCAGACAAGCGAAGAAUGUACAAUUAUCGGGUGGUUUGCCGGAGAGGAGAUGUCGAGAUGGACAUGCGCGGAAGGUGCAGUGCUGGUCAGAAAGUUCUAGCUUGUUUGAUUAUCAGAAUGGCAUUGGCAGAGACCUUUUCCAAAAACUGCGGCAUCUUAGCUUUAGAUGAGCCCACAACAAAUUUAGAUCAAGAAAAUAUCGACAGCUUGAGCACUGCUUUAGCUGAUAUUAUUUCUCACCGCUCUCGCCAAAAGAAUUUCCAGUUAAUUGUGAUUACACACGAUGAAGAUUUCUUAUUGCGAUUAAGUCAUAGCGAAAAAAUACCAUAUUACCUCAAGGUUCAUCGAAAUCAGCAUGGCAAGUCAGAAGUUCAACAAGUGGCUGUGAAUUAACUUGCAUGAUAAUUUCUCCAACAUGUGUUGUACAUAAAAGAUCUGAUAUCAGUGCUUGUACUAUUAGAGGUGCUCUAAACUGUGGUGUCGUUGUGUAUGGUUUUUUCUUAGCCAUUCCGUUAGUGUAAAUAAUUUUUAUUGCAAUUGUACUUUAAUGAUGUAUCUCUUCCUAAUUUGUUACUGUUACCAUUUCUAUUUUUACAUUCUUUAAGAGGGCCAAAAAACUCAUUUGAUAUCAAUCAACAAGGAUGGGCAUUGAUGAUGGAUUAAAUUCCCCCUAAUAACGUGAAUGAACUGUAAAUACUAUGUCCUUUGAUUUAGGAAUUCAAUAUUUAAGAAAUUGUGAAUGAGCAAGUCUUAGAUUUUUACACUUAUUGUUUUAUUUUGCAGAAAAAACUAAUCUGUUGGGUAUCAGUGGGCCCAUUUAAGAUUAAUCCAGAGUAAUUCACCGUCACUAUUAGAAAAGAGGAAGUAUCCAGCAUGUUCAUGUUGAGUUUACAAAAUGCUACAUUGAACUUGCACGUUUCUGUGAAAAAUCUGAUAUCAUUCAUUUAAAUUGAACUGAACAACACAAUAUUUUGCUAACUUUUUUGCGGUAACACCUUUUUUGUUGCAAAACGGUUGUAUAAUUUAAUGAAACUUUUUUCUUGGGUUCAAGAACAAAGGAGCUAGAUGCUUCAUUUUCAUUAUCACUCGUGACCCUUGUCUUACUCAUAUUCUUACUUUUUUUCUCAUGUUUUUAACUUUCUCUGAAAGUUAUCUUUCAAGCAGGUGGUUUCAGAGUAGUUAGUCGUAUUUUCUUGCUCCCCUUAUUUUCUUUGGGAAUUAGAGGAGCAAGUAGUUGCUUAUAAUCGUACUGCAAAAUCAAGUAAUACCACCAGCAUUUGCCACCCUUGCUCCUCCAUUUUAAAUUGUUCACAACAUUAUUUCUAAUUUAACUCAGAGAGUUGUAGAGUAAUUAGCAAUAUCAUUCUAAGAGCUUCAUCCUAGCAAAAACUGAUAGGUUCAACUCAUCACAACAUUCUCUACUUUGUGCUUCAUCAUGUCACUUGUCAUUUUCUGUGCAGCUAAUUAGGAUUUUUACUUAUUUUCUAAAUGAAUUAAGUUUAGGUCUUAUGAAUUAGUGUCUUGUAAAUAUUUUAAGAGAAGUGACGUGUUUCACGUUUAACUUGUUAACAAUGAAUUUCAUUGUUUCAAUGCUAUUGUCUCAAACUUCAGUCGCAGCUUUGUGGCUGUGAAUUUUUCAGGUCGAAUUAAGUCGAUUUUAAGACCUUUUUUUAGAGAGCUGUUCCCCAUGUACAAAUAACUUUACUGAUCAGCGUUUCCUACACAUAUAUUUUGUAUACAUAAUUUUCGUUCUAGUUUCAUCAACAGUUUAUUUUUCUUGUAGAUUCUGAGGGUGCUGGCCUUAAAGUCCGCACUCAUCGUCUGUUAGCUCUUAGCUAAAAUCCUUUUUUUUCUUCAGAAUUAUCAUUUUUCUUCUUUUUUUUUCAUCUUAACUUUUUAGGUUAUUUUUUCUGAAAAAAUCCUGGAAAAGUUCAAUAAAAUUUUUAAAAUCCCCAGCAA